AUGAUCAGUGGGGUUGAGGAAGAAUGCCCGGUUAAUGUAUUACGGCAUGCUCUAGCUCGAAUUUUUCUGGGGACCCCAGAGUCCUGGCCGUGUCCAGAAGACUUGGUAACGGCAGCUCGUGUGCUACUCGGCAUGCAUCCGUGGCUCGACUUGACUGACACCUUCACGCCUUCUCCAAAUCCGCCAGCACACUUUUCCCCUCACGGGGCCGGGGGGGUAUUUGGGGAACCCUGCUCACCUCGAGAUUGUGGCUUGUUGAAAUACCACCGUCUCUGCUGCCGGUCUUCGCGACCGCAUGCCCUGUCACAUCUUGUUGCCAACAACUCAUGCAACUCUCGAUGCGACAGCAAGGUCCUUAAGCCGUCCCCAAGUGCUUCCUACCCACCGCAUUUGGUUGUCUGCGUUUCAUCAUCAUGCUUGUCAAUCAGCCCGUUCGUCCCCGACCGAUCAAGACUCGGUCCAGAGCAGGGUGUAAAUAUUGUCGAGACAAGGUUCGUCGCCUUGGUUUGUUCUCAAUUUGAGCUUCUCACCAACAAUCAUCCAGAGAAAGAAGUGUUCCGAAGAACGCCCUCAAUGCCUCCGUUGCGUGCAAGCCGGCGUAAACUGUGUUUAUGA